GUUCCGGCCGGACGGCGUUUCUACGGACGCCCUGGAACCACCCCCGCCCCCCGCCCCCAGCCCGGUGUCGGAGCCGGCUACGCUGACAGGUCCGCAUGGGCGGCCCACCACUGAUUGGACAGACUCAUCAAGGAAGUUAGAAAAGAGGCUCCACUGUUUGUGAGAAACUGGGUAAUUUCUAAGAAACCCCUACUGCAGAUAGCUGAAGGGUGAAGUAAACCGAAAAAGAAAAGAGAAGAGCCUUUCAUGAAAAGGAAAUUGAAAGAAGGAAAGAGAGGAGUACAAAAAGACAAGACCCCUGCUGCACAGGCAUUCUCGGAUCCGGACUGGCUGACUGGCCGCCACCUCUGCAGUUUCUGCCACAGCCUGGUUCGUCUGGACCGCUGAGCAACUCUUCCCACACGUCGCUGUAAACCUAGGCACUGGAAGAUGGCGGACAUGUCCAAUGGCGAGCAGGGGUGUGCUUCCCCACUGGAGCUGUUCAACAGAAUAGCUGCUCAAGGGGAGCGCGUGAGAGCCCUCAAAGUCGGGCAGGCGUCGCAGGAGGAAAUUGAUUCUGCAGUACAGAUGCUGUUAUCUUUAAAAAUGAGCUACAAAGCUGCCGUGGGGGCGGAUUACAAGGCUGACUGCCCUCCAGGGAACCCGGCACCGGUGGGUGGUGAUGAACCGGGAGCCACAGAAGCUGAAGAGGAUUUUGUGGACCCGUGGACGGUACAGACGAGCAGUGCAAAAGGCAUCGAUUAUGACAAGCUCAUUGUUCGGUUCGGAAGCAGUAAAAUUGACAAAGAGCUGAUUAACCGGAUAGAGAGAGCCACAGGCCAGAGACCCCACCGCUUCCUACGCAGAGGCAUCUUCUUCUCACACAGAGAUAUGAAUCAAGUUCUCGAAGCCUAUGAAAACAAGAAGCCAUUUUAUCUGUAUACGGGCAGGGGCCCCUCUUCCGAAGCCAUGCAUGUGGGUCACCUCAUUCCAUUUAUUUUCACAAAGUGGCUGCAGGACGUGUUCAAUGUGCCCUUGGUCAUCCAGAUGACAGAUGAUGAGAAGUACCUGUGGAAGGACCUGACACUGGAGCAGGCCCACGGCUAUGCCGUGGAGAACGCCAAGGACAUCAUCGCCUGCGGCUUCGACAUCAACAAGACCUUCAUCUUCUCUGACCUGGACUACAUGGGGUCCAGCCCAGGCUUCUACAGGAACGUGGUGAAGAUUCAAAAGCAUGUUACCUUCAACCAAGUCAAGGGCAUUUUCGGCUUCACGGACAGUGACAGCAUCGGGAAGAUCAGCUUUCCCGCCAUCCAGGCUGCUCCCUCCUUCAGCAACUCAUUCCCUCAGAUCUUCGGAGACAGGACAGAUGUCCAGUGCCUCAUCCCCUGUGCCAUCGACCAGGAUCCUUACUUCAGGAUGACGAGAGACGUCGCCCCCAGGAUCGGCUAUCCUAAGCCAGCCUUGCUGCACUCGACCUUCUUCCCCGCCCUGCAGGGGGCCCAGACCAAAAUGAGUGCCAGCGACCCCAACUCCUCCAUCUUCCUCAUCGACACGGCCAAGCAGAUCAAGAACAAGGUCAACAAGCACGCGUUUUCUGGCGGGAGAGACACUGUCGAGGAACACAAGCAGUUUGGCGGCAACUGCGACGUGGACGUGUCCUUCAUGUACCUGACCUUCUUCCUCGAGGACGACGACAAGCUCGAGCAGAUCAGGAAGGAUUACACCAGUGGGGCCAUGCUCACGGGCGAGCUCAAGAAGGUGCUCAUCGAGGUUCUGCAGCCCUUGAUCGCGGAGCACCAGGCCCGGCGCAAGGAGGUCACAGACGAGAUCGUGAAAGAGUUCAUGACUCCCCGGGAGCUGUCCUACGACUUUCAGUAAUGCUCAUUUUAUAUCUGCAUAUAGAGACAUAAUUCAGCAGUAAUCCCCGCUUCACUUAGAAUCUGUCACGUGGUAAUUAGUGGGCCUGGUGUCUGUAAGCCCUGUGCGUUUGGCAAUCCUGUUUCUCCCUGUACUGUCAUCCUCUGUCUCUGGUGGGGAGCACCCUGUGAGCUGACUAGGUGCUGAGCUCAGACAGGCAAGGCCAGCUGGAGUCUCCCCCACGAAGCAGCCCCAAGACGUGAAGCCUUUGGUACAAUGCCCGCUGGCCAGCCUCUUCUGGCCCACAGCAAAGCUUGCAUUUGAAAGCAUCCUGCGGUUCCAAAUAUGCUCCUGAAACCUACUCGUAAAGGAACCUGUAGUCUACUACGUGCGCAUAUCUGGACUCCAAAUGCUAUUAUUAUAAAACUAAUCCCAUCCCCUCCAAAAAAAACAAAAAGAAUUGCUAGCUAGACGCUGUGCUAUGCAUUUGAUCCAGCCUGAAGCUGUUUUUAACACUGAAUAUUGGCCAAAGUUGGCCACUUUUAUUAAAUUGUCUUUUGUGGGAGAAACUUGCCAGGUCACUCACUAAAUUCCAGCCUGUGCAUGCAUUCUACUCCAGAAGUCACCCAUUUUCCCCUGAACAUACGAAUAUUUUGUUUCCACCAAACAACCCUUUACACUCCACUCGGAAAACUACUCUGAUUCUGCCACAGGCCGAGGGGAGUCUGCUACCUUUGCAGAUGCUUUUGUCCUGACACUUGACUGGUGUGGCAGUCUGCACAGAAGCAGUGCCCUGCCCGUGUCCCCGGGCGGGUGGACGUGGCCAGAAAGCGACAGCAGCCCCCGAGGCCCUCAGUGCUAUCUGUGGGAGCCUGUUCACUCAGGCACGCUGUGUAGUUUGGGAAAGCGGAAGAAUACACCAGGGAAAGGCCGUGGUUCAGGCGUCUGGCCUUCCUGGAGACGCAGGGUCCACGCCUGAGCUCUCUAUCCUCAUGUCACUCGUCAGCAUAAAUAAACUGCCUUUGGUUCCA